AAAAAUGAAUACUUUAUGUCCAUUUCAAAUAUUUAACAAAUUACCUCGGAUAGAAUGUGGGCAAGGAAAGAAGCGCGCACUAGAGAGGAUUUUUAAAAUUCUUUAUUCUUGUUUAUAAUGUUACGGUAUUUUCAAGCUUUGCAUUCUAAAGAGCAUUAAGACAAACAGCUUAUGCCCAAAAUCGAAGAAUUCCGCUCAUUGCACAAGAAAAUCGAUCAAUCAGCCUAGACGAACACCACUAUGUGUCUCCAUUCCACCGGCAAAAUGCUCUGCAAUUUUUUCUUGUCAUUUCCGUCCUCGAUUGUGACCCUCUUUAAUUUGGCCUUCUAUAUAAUCUUCUCUAUUUACUUGACACUCUUUUCAUGUACAUAAAAACAAUUCUUUUGUUUCUGUUUCUGAUACAAGGGUUCUAGUUUCCUUCUCAUGGACGAGAAUAAACUUCACUUGUCUCCUCCUAAGCAGAUGCUACCUCAAAGAAUGGACUCAGGAGGUCCUUAUCGUCUUCUGCACUGUUCAGGUUUGGGUGACAAAGAAGGUGUGAUGCAAGAGCUCGGAAAAGGAGUGGAACCCAAUCUGGUUGACUAUGAUAGGAGAACAGCACUUCAUUUAGCUGCCUCUGAAGGUUGUGUGGAGAUUGUUGUUCUACUUCUUGAGAAAGGAGCUGAUGUGAACUCCACAGAUCGCUGGGGUCGAACUCCACUUUCCGAUGCCUGCAACUUUGGUCACAAGGAUGUCUGCAAGAUAUUAGGGGCACAUGGUGGAUAUGAUCCGUUGGGUGACUCUCCUACGCCAUGUUGUAUAAUUGAUCAUGGUGAAGUUGACAUGAAGGAUGCAGCUCUUAUUGGAGAAGGAGCAUAUGGUGAAGUUUAUUUGGUAAAGUGGCGUGGCACAGAAGUUGCUGCAAAAACCAUUCGCGCUUCCAUUGCAUCAAACCCAAUGGUGAAGAAUGCUUUUCUGAAGGAGCUAGCGUUGUGGCAAAAGUUGCGCCAUCCCAAUAUUGUGCAGUUUCUUGGCGUCCUAAAGCAAUCUGAUCGAUUGAUCUUCCUUACUGAGUAUCUUCGAAAUGGAAGCUUGUAUGACCAAUUGAGAAAGAAAGGAAGACUUGAUCCACUGACAGCAGUUGCUUAUGCAUUAGAUAUUGCAAGAGGAAUGAAUUAUCUUCAUCAGCAUAAGCCUCAUGCUAUUAUCCAUAGAGAUUUGACUCCUAGAAAUGUAUUGCAGGAUGAAGCAGGGCAUCUUAAAGUCACAGACUUUGGACUCAGUAAAAUUGCACAACAGAAGGAUUCUUAUGGUUACAAAAUGACUGGAGGGACUGGAUCAUAUCGAUACAUGGCUCCAGAAGUUUACCGUCGAGAAUCAUAUGGAAAGAGUGUUGAUGUUUUCUCAUUUGCUCUAAUCGUUCAUGAGAUGUUCCAAGGAGGACCAUCAAAUAGGGAAGCAGCUCCAGAGACGGUGGCCGAUAAGACAGCAUACGAAGAUUAUCGGCCACAUCUUGCUUCAUACAUAUUUCCGGAGCCAGUCAAGACGCUGCUUCGUGAAUGCUGGCACAAGAACCCUGAUCGUAGACCCUCCUUUCAAGAAAUUAUUGAACGGCUUGAGAAAAUCUAUGAAACUAUGCAAGAUAAGAUAGUUUUGGGAACAUGCUGUAGCUGUAUGAUAUUAUGAGUUGUUAAUUAUCUGAUCCUGAAGCUGAUCUGAUGUAUCUCCUAUCGCAUUGAUUUCAUUUCUCUGGUUACAAGGAGCUUCUGCAUAGCCCUCUCAGAUUUGAAAAUACAUAAAUAAAGUGCAAGUUUGUCUUACUGGAAGGAUAUGAGUUUGUAGCAAAUUUUUAUUAGAGUUUAACUUAUAUGCAUCGACAUCGCUAAAAAGAUUUGCACAUAGUUUAAUUUACCUGCGAUAAUAGGUUAUUUACCAUGCCUUGCAGGUUACCAGUCCAUGCUUGCUAUAGAAGGUACCUCUGUAAAUGGCUUUUAGGUGAUCAUAUAGUGUAAAAUUUCUUACAAUGUUAAUGUAUAUUAGCUGAAUUAUUUUUUAUUAUAUUAUAAUUCAUUGUGUCAAUGUUGCUGUCUGUCAUCUCUGAGCCUUAUUAAGCUUGCUCAUAUUUUGAUGGUCGAGUUUGUAUUGGGGUAUCUGUUUUAGGUUGUUCAUAUCCCUUCCUAAAUCCUUAACAUUGUAGGUGGUUUUGAAAUUAAAUAGACAAAGCUAAUUUAUCAGACAGAUGUGUCUGAACUUGGUGAAUUUUCCAUUGGACAUCUAUCAAAUAUCCUUAUCUGCUGCAGCUUACUACAUUGACAUUCACUAACAACUGCAACCAACAAUUAGCUAUUACUAUGAUCCUUCACCACUGUCCAUAUUUCAUGUUCUUUUGCUUCACCAUUUCUAGUUUAUCAAUCUCCAACAAUGUACAAA